GGAAUUUAAAGGGGAAGUGCCCCCCGCUCCACGGUUUUCUGAAGAUGGCGGCGCUGCUCCGGCUGGGCCUGAGGCCUGUUCCCCGCCGCCGCCGCCUCCUCCUCCUCCCCGGCCUCUGCAGGGCGGUCUCCAGCAGCGGGCCCGCCUCCUCGGUGUCGCCCUCGGCUCUGGCCGGGCCCAGGGAGCUGCCGCCCGGGUACCCGGGCGCCGAGCCGCCGGAGGUCAACCUGUACGACCAGAACCCGGAGUACCAUGGUUUCAGCGCUGACCCGGUGGUGGACGUGUGGAACAUGAGGCUGGCAUUUUUCUUUGGCAUCUCCCUGGCCAUUGUGGUGGGCUCCACCUUCGUCCAUUACCUGCCUGACCACGG